UCACAAUUCACGUGCCAGUUAUCGUUCGCCACGGCUGCUACUCCAGUUAGCAUCCUGCUGCUCCUCGCUUGGCUCGCAAGUCUUCCAAGGCUGUAUUUUUAUUCGGAGAUUUAGCGCGUUAUUGUUGUCGCAACGCAAUACCGUCCUCCCGCAGCGAUCAAUCAGCUGGGAUUCUUGCAUGGCGCCUCGUCUCGAAUCUUCCGCGUAAAAUCGUUUUUUUUUUUUUGCGUUUUGUAUGAUCCGACCCGGGAUCGAAGAGGCCGCCUGGAAUUCUUCGCCGCUUAUCUUUACUGGGGUCGUUAUCAGUGCAAUAUUACUGAGGUGAUUCUUCUUUUGAGUCGAUAUUUAUGUGAUUUUUUGUUGCAGGAUCCCCUCACUCCACACGAGUCGUCCCAGUAAUUCGAUGCACCUUAAUUGCUGCCGCUUAUUAGAGAACGUUGGCUUCUCCUACGCAGAGGCGCCUUAGCUAUCGCCACCCUAAUUUAUUACUCCCCAUUGGAAGGGGCUCGCAGCGCGCAGCGCGCCGUGCAAUCUCCCGGGUCUCCAUGGCGGGAUCGCGAGGAGCUGUGCGAAUAGGAGGCGUCGCUUUCGCGAUUUUCGUUACAAUCACGGCGCUCCAAGCUGUCCACGUGGCGGCUGUAGCGAAUGUGACUCUAGCGUCCAUCACCCUGCACAAGCACCUCAACUGGGUGUUCCUCCCCCAGGUGUUCAUUCUCUGCGCCGAUGGUAACCGCUCCGACCUGCCCUUCUCUCCGCCGCUCAACGUGCAAGUCAACCUGACAGGGCAGGAGGACUGGCAGCCCCUAUUCCCAAUGGACAGUGGCGGCUGCAAGUCGUGUGGCAUAUACGAGAAGGGCUGGGUGGCCGCGUCCCCCUACCUGCUCUUCCCUCUCUGCGAAUCCAACUUCUCCUCCCCCAAGGGCCACUCGCCCGCUCCUGGUGCUGCGGGAUUUGGGGAGCUGCUGCUGUCGGAUCCAAAAGGGAGCAUAGACCUGGUUCUCUCGUGCCCCGCUUGCAUCCGAGACCUGGAGAUGAGCACUGGAACUGCUCCCAUGCCAACUACCUCUCAAGGUCUGGGGGUGGUUGUGUGGGUGAUUUUAGGCGUGGCGCUAAUGGGUGUGACUGUACUGCUGGUGACAACCGCGGUGUACCUCACUAAAGGGGGCGACCAGAUCGUCGACGAAUCAGAGCGCGCCAAGUUUAUUGAGAUGGGGGCCACGCAUUCGGAGGAGCUCUAUGCAUUGGGAAGAGAGCCGCGAUUCGCUUCGGAUGUGCUUAAAGGCGACCCUGAUGAUUACCUAUAGGGGGGAUAUCAAAAGAUACAUGUAGGAAGUGGUGUGUGGCUAGACCAAAUAAGCUCCGUAUGCAUUUGUUAACGGAGUUACGGAGGCAGACCUAUUCAAGGCGCCUCAAAUCAACAUUUUUUAGCUGUCUCCAGGGAUUCCAUUGAAAGCAUUGAUAUACGUACAU